AUGUCCCAGCAGUCGUCGAUAAAACCGUCGGCCAUCGUCGCCAUCAGCGUCGGCACCGUCGUCGCAGGCCUGCUCGCAUACGCCGUCUACUUCGACAACAAGCGCCGGAAUGACCCCGAGUUCCGCAAGGCGCUGAAGAAGGAGAGCAAGCGCACCCAGCGCGCCGCAAAGGAGGAGGCCGAGCACCAGGGCGCAGAGCAGAAGAAGGCCAUCCGCGACGCCGUCGCGCAGGCGAACGAGGAGGGCUUCCCCAAGGACCCCGAGGAGGUCGAGGCCUACUUCAUGCAGGAGGUCGCGCAGGGCGAGGGCAUGGUACAGAAGGGUGGGUCACAUGACUGCAACGUGCGAUGGACAGGCGCAGACAACAUCGAGGCCGCGCUGUGCUUCUACCGCGCGCUGAAGGUCUAUCCCAACCCACGCGAACUGAUCAACAUCUACGACAAGACCGUUCCCAAGCCCGUCCUCGACAUCCUCGCCGAAAUGAUCGCAGUCGACACGUCCAUCCCCGUCGGCGGCAGCAAGACACCCUCCGAGUCCGGCUCCGCCGGCGACCUCGAGUAA